AUACUGCUGCCCAGCGGAAGAUCAUCGCCCUGCUGGUGGAGAUCAAAGAGGAGCAGCAGAGGCAGUGGGCGGUGCUGAGGGACCUUCAGGCCAGACUGCAGGCUCAGGCCGGCUACGAGGAGGAUGACGUGGAGGCUCUGGACGUGGAUCUCCCCCUGAGGACCCUCGAGCAGCUGGACGAGAUGGAGAGACACCUGGAGGACACAGGAGUACAGAAGAGAAUGGUGUCCUACCUGUCUCGGAUGGGCGGGGCCACGGUCGACGACGCAGUGAGGCGUCUGAUGCAGGCCGUGCUUUCGUUCGCAGUCGGCUCCGAGCUCAACUGGGUGGGCCGCGGACAGAAGAGAAGCUUCAGGAACACCCGUCUCCAAGGGGUCCUCUUCCGCGCUCUGAAACGAACACCGGUGGGGAAGGAGGCCACUCAUCACCAGUACGCUGACGUGGUGAAGAAGUGGCUGCGCUUCGCUCCGUUCAGACAGGGAGGGAGCGGCCGUCGCUGCUGUAGACCUCCUGCGGACUUCCCAGAUUCUGAGGACGCUGACAGUUUUAACCAAAGCUGCACACACUGACAUUAAUUACCCAGAGACACCCGGCGCUGCCCACAUUGUGGACAACCAUCACACACACUGUCCGCAACACUGGGUGGCAGCAUCUGUGCGUCUGCUGGGAGAUCUCUC